UCCGCUUGACUUUUCCGCCCUCAACCUGUGUAUACGCCUCCGUACCCCAUCCAUCUUUAGAAAUACGCCCCCUGUACUAUUAUCUAAUCGUGUAGGCAGGGGCUAGAACUAUCGUCUACAAUUUUAAACAUCGCGAAAGACCCAAAAAUGGAUUCGCAACCUACACAUUUUCAACUGCGCAGUGUGGUGCAUGACACUUUAAAAUCCCAUCAAGGUCAAAUUAGCGAUCUUACGGCGCAACAUGAAGGAUCUCUCAAGCAACUGUUUCUAAUGUUCAAGCCGAGGAACAACAUGCUGGAUAAAGAGUAUGACCAUCAAGCUAUUCAAGGAGGAGAUGAAUCUCUAGAAGGUUUUGAUGAAUGGAGAGAACAAUAUAAGCUUGGAGAAGGGUCCUCUGUCAAUACAAUAUCCAUUCCAAAUCUCCCGGCCAUUUCACCACCAGCAACAACAGUUGACUAUCCAGACGAGCCAUCUGUAGACCUCCCAACGGUUGCAUCAUCUUCGACCUCUGCUGCCAGACCGAACCCAAUCCGAGACCCCAGCUCUUCCAUUAUUGACUCCCCUCUCACAAAUGUCCCUCUUGACACCUCAAUUACGAGUCUGGUGGAUGGCGUAGAAGAAGAGCCUACGGUAAACAUGUCCCAGAUCCAACCACGUCCAUUCGUUCCGCGCGAUUAUACGCCUCCACCAGAACUCGAUGUCCCAGAAUGGGUUCCACUCGAUAACUACCGCCCUGCAGCAACUCCUACCACUCCCCCACAACUGCUUAUGCCUUUGACGUCUGCCUAUGCCACUGAGCUUCCGCCACUCCCACUUCUCAACUCAACAUCAAGCAGCGCUUCCUUCCGUCGACGCAAACGCACAAACUCACCACAACCCGAUAUGUUCAAGCUUCAAGCCACGUUCUCCCUUAAUCCUCUCAGUUCAGCAUUGACUCGCUCGUCCAAAUGUGUUUUAACAUGUGAUUGGAAAGUUGCCAUGGAUGAAAUGAGGCAUGUCCGGGCGAUGGAGCGUAUUGAGGCCAAAAAGGCGGAGAACAGAUGGUCCCUUCGACAGCCAAAAAAGGCAAGGGGUCCUGGCGUACCAAAGUCUCAUUGGGACUAUAUGCUUGAGGAAAUGGAAUGGAUGCGCACGGAUUUUGCUGAAGAGCGUCGGUGGAAGGUCGUCGAGGCGAGGGAGUUCGCAUAUCAAGUCGUAGAAUGGCAUCUGGCGAGUCCUGAGGAAAAGAAGGCUCUUAUGGUGGGAGGUCGAGGCUGGGGAGAGUGCCGCAAUGUUCCGAUACCAGGUCAUGCGGGAAAGAGGAAGGAAGUCACUGUGGAAGUGGAAGCUGAGGACGAGGAUGUUGAGAUGCUGGUGGGACAGGAAGGAGAGCUGGAUGGGGAAGGAGAGGCGAACAAGGUGUUGGAGUCAAUAGAUGAAAUGAGGGUUAAUGAAAAGGAGAGGGAGAACCGACCAGAGGAUCCUAGAGAAACUGUCAAUAUAAAUCAGGACAUUGGGGAAGAAGUCGAUGCAGAAGGCGAAGCAGAUGCCGACGGUGAACCAGAAAAUGGAGAAGCGGAUGCAGAAGGAGAGGCAGAUGCGGAUGGUGGACCUGUGGGCGACGACGUUGUAGGGCUUUCCGAAAUCGACGCUGCCCAAGAUGAUACUAGGGAAACUUCUGAACGGCCAAGCUAUCGGCGUGAUACUGUUCUACCAAACGGCCUUGUCAUCCAUAAGCGGUUCGCCAAUGCGUACGAGAUUGCAAUUGCUCGGGGGCCCGUCCUUGACACCCCUUUGGCGAACGCUACCGUUGAUCUUGAUACUCUGACAAAAUCCUCAUCUGCUGCAACUCCAGCUACAGUCCCUGCCGAACCUUCUGUUAGCCCAGACGAACCUGCUUCCUUUGACCAACUCUUUCCGGAUCUCGCUAUGUACUCUGGCCCCGCCCCGCCUGAGAAUGACAAGAAGUAUCGCCGAGAUGAGGGCGGUACAUACAGUCACCGCAUGGCACACACUUCUCGAAUCAUGGACAUUCGGCCCAUUCUUGUUUCCACCCUUCAGCCAGCGAAGAAUCUAAUUGACGGCGAGUGGGAUCUUCAUGAUGGACCUUAUUAUGAAGAGGUAAAGGGAGCUGCAGAUAUCCCUCCAAAUGUAGUUGCUGCUUUUAAUACGCCCUUUGGCGGCAAAGCGUCAAGACCCUUGGAGCACAUGCGAGUGCCUGAAGUUCCCAAACCAGCUGCGCACCAUCUUCGUGCACAAUUGCUUUGGUCGCCAGAGGAAGACAAGUGCUUGUUAAAGCUCGUCGCCAUGUAUCCAUUCAACUGGGAUCUCAUAGCAGACAGUUUCAAUACGGAGAUGAUCCUCAUUCCUGUCGAGAAACGAAACCCGUAUGAAUGCUGGGAGCGAUGGUACUAUACUUUUGGGGAAGGAAAGAACAAGCCUCGGCAGGACGCGCCGCCCUCGGCUCCUCCACCUGCGCCUGCUUCUGCCACGCAACCUGGUACAGCAACCGCUACGCCCGUGCCACAAUCAGCUGUUACCACCCCUGGAGUCCCUCCAUCCGCCAAUCUCCCAUCUGCUUCGGGACGUCCACAGCAAACUGGCGGUAACAGUGUGUCUUCUCUUCCUACUCCUACCGGAGAAGCGCUGCCUGACGGUGCACCUCCACCCCCCGGGAUGUCCAAGAGAGAUAGAAUGGCGGCGAAGCCAAAGUACGAAGGGACAAAGAGGUCAGUCAGACACCAAGCGAUCUAUGAUGCGGUGAAGAGGAUGAACAGGAGGAGAGAAGCGGCGAGGGCGAAGAGCCAUAAAGACAAUGCACAACGAAAGGUAAUCAAUGUGCACGAAAGUCACAGUAUGAGCUUCCCCCAUGUUGCUGCUUCCACCCCAUGGGAACUAGUUGAAGCUAAAUAUCAGCGCGAUGUGCAAAUUGCUCAGCAGCGACAGCAACGUGCCAUGCAAGAACAGCAACGUCAACUUGCCAUUCGUCAGCAGCAAGCCAUGAUGAGCGCUCAGCAACAAGCACAAAUGAGGCCGCCAAACAUGCCCAACGUCCCGAAUAUGCCGAAUGCUCAACCUAUCCGCAUGGGUCCCAAUGGCCAGCCAAUGCCCACUAUGGCGCCAAGCCAACAACAGCUAUUAAAUGCUGUUGCCGCUGCGACAGCUGCCAAUAGGCAAAAUGCAAACGGCGCUGUCCAAGGUAACCCUAAUGUUCGUCCAAUGCCUGUUGUUCAGGGGCAGUCACCUCAGGUGCAGCAACAAAUGCUUCUUCAAGCACAGCAAAUGGCCGCCCAGCAAGCACGAGUGUUACAAGCACAGGCACAAGCUCAGGCUCAACAAGGCCGAGCACCCAGCAUGGGUGGAAAUCUACAGCCACCGCAGCUGGGUGUCUCAUCUCCUUUCGCCCAAUCUCGUACUCCCGAUCUUCCCGCGGAGGGCGCUGGCCCUUCUGGUAUCAACCCCACUCCGUCUCCGGCCAUGCAAGCAGCGGCCAUUGGGGCUCAAUCCUCUCCUCAAAUAGCAACGAUGGGUCGGGCACCGUCCAAUAACGUACCUCCCCAUCUUCGAGUACCCAAUGCAGGUACCUCUUCACCUCAGAUAUCUAGCCCGAUGGCCUUGCCUCAAGGAAUACCAAAUGGAGCUGGGAUGCCGGUACAGGGAGCCCAAACUCAAGGGAUUCAAAUUCCGGCAGCAAUGAUGAACAAUGCGACUGUGCAGCAGCUUCUGGCGACACUAGCGGCCAGUGGUCAGCAAAUGACACCGGAGCAAUUACGAGGGUUAAUGCUACGAUCGGCCCACAUGCAAGCUCAGGCACAAAGCCAGGUCGGCAACCCUGGGACACCUCAGAUGGGGGUGCAAAACAUCCAAGGCGUCCAACAUUUCGCGAGAUCACCUAGUUUGCAAAACGCCCAGUCCCAGCCUCGUUCAAGCCCCAAACCAGGUCCUGCCAAUGGUCAAGGGACAUAAGCAUUAGGAUUUGACGAUGUUUUGAGUUAUUUUUUUUGGAAAUUUUAGUUCAACUACGAAUGCGACAGGGCAUAUGUUCUAGGUUGUACCAUUACUAUGCUGUCUUCUUGCAGCUUCAUCAUAAUGCAUCGAACGUAU